CCUAACUUUAUCUCUCUCUCUCUCACUCUAUUUAACCCACUCCCUUCCCUCAUCUCUCUCCUGCUUCACUCCUAACUUUAUCUCUCUCUCUCUCACUCUAUUUAACCCACUCCCUUCCCUCAUCUCUCUCCUGCUUCACUCCUAACUUUAUCUCUCUCUCUCUCUCACUCUAUUUAACCCACUCCCUUCCCCCAUCUCUCUCCUGCUUCACUCCUAACUUUAUCUCUCUCUCUCUCUCACUCUAUUUAACCCACUCCCUUCCCUCAUCUCUCUCCUGCUUCACUCCUAACUUUAUCGCUCCCUUUUCAACUCUUCUCUCUCUCUCUCUCUCUCUUCUGUACUUAUAACUUCCUUCUGCUUCACUCCUGACUUUGGCUGGGAUUACUGUGUGGGAACCACGCCUUUAUCACACUCUUCUCUCUCCCCUCUCCUCUCCCCCUCUCUUCUUCAGCUGACUCUGGCUGGCUGUAGAAACGUCACCCGAUGUGAACCGGAUCUAGAACUGACCCUCAACAGCACAGCAUACAAUGAGCAGCCGCCAUCAACUUCGCCGAUGGUGGUAGUAAUAGCCAGUCCGAACCAAGGCGAGGUCCACGUGACCCUCAACUACAAGACGCUGGACGACAACGCCACCAUGUCGUUCCUGAAAAUCGGUGUCGACCGGAAUGUGUUUGGGAUCCCCAGUAUCGGGAACGAGACAUGUGGCAUGGGACCCGGCAGUACAUUUGAGUGUCCUGUGGAACGAAAUGUCACAUAUUAUCAAGGCUAUUUCACGGUGAAUGUUACAGUUCCGCUCAGCACUGGUCUAGUCGGAAAUGAAGAUGAUUCAGUGAUUUCGUUCACCAUUGUUCCCGGAGAUGACGUGGAUCCAAUACUAAACAACAACGACGUCCACGUCACUGUCGAUAUUACUGCAGUUAACGAGGUCUCCAUUCAGCGUGUGAUUGUAAGCCCUCCUGCGACGCAGUAUGAAGAUACCGACGAGAUAGGGCAGCAGGAGAUAUCUACACAUGUCACUCUAAUUGGGUCGGGCCCGUCGGCAAUUCCUUUCUCGACUCUCACAAUUCAAAUCCCCGGCAAGACUGAGGACACCGGACGACUUUACUAUCUCUAUCCCACUAAUUACACGGUGUUAGAUGAAUCAUCAUCGGUACAAGUGGAUUGCUCUGAACUCGACCCCGAGGGAUUGGUCAUCAAUCAACAGAAGAGAAGGGGAAGAAGACAAGCGCCUCAACCUGGUAUAAUGAAGAGGUUGUGGAGAGAGGUGACGAGAGAAGGAGUAAGAGAGGAGGAGGAGUUACCACUGGGGAAGAGACAAGAAAUGGAGCCUACUGUUAAUUGCAGCAAAGACCCUGGAGUGUGCACACCUAUCACAUGCACCAUCGAAAACUUUGGAACUGGCAUUAUUACCAUCUCUGUGACUAGUGUCGUCGACAAUCGAUACUUCAGAAACCAAGAUGGAGACUUUACGUUUGUAAUGAGUGCAGACUACAUGAUCGAUUCAAACUUUUUCGAACAAACCAGUAGAGGAUCUGAGAAGUCGAAUUUACUAACAGUGAGAGGUUUGCCUACAACAGUCCAGAGGCCCGUACCUGUGUGGGUAUAUAUUGUGUCAGCACUUGUUGCCAUCAUCAUCAUCACUCUUAUUAUUAUAGCACUCUUCUUGCUGGUGAUAUGUCUCCGUCGACGCACGAAGAAGAAGAUCAGACGUGCCACGGAGAGACGCAGGUCUAGACACGGGACAGUGACCGCUGGCACAGGGGGCGGGGCUGUCGUAACCUCCCUGGAUACCAAACCAGUGGAAGACGUGGACGAGAAACCAAAACCUCUGCCAGAGAGUGGUGGCGAUGAUACACCAGACAACCCAACUGCACCGCCAGCUGAGGAGCUACCAGCGGAAGAUCCAACAACUGAAGAUCCUGAUGAAACCGAACUCUAAAAAACUAUCUUUUCUUCUUAACUGUGCAAUACGCCCAUUUCCCGUAGAUUCCAUUUUCAUUUUCAGCUUCGUGACGUAUACUACAUGAUUAGCUCGUCUUACUCAUAUUGUAGGGUAAACAUCAACAACAACAAUCAUUAAUUUGUUUAUUCUUGAAUACUUAUGCAUAUAUAUAUACACGCUCUUGUUUUUAAAGUGUUGAUUAAUUUUUACCAUGCCAGGUAAUGAUAAAAAGUGAUGGGAAAAUGACUUGCAGUGAGUUACAAUUCUUUUUUAUGAUCAAAACAAGAAGCCAAAAAACACAAAGACAAACAAAAAAGUGAUUGACACAAACAUUAAAAGUGAAAGUCCUGAUUGGUGGGCGGAGGAGUUUGGAGAUGCCACGCCCCCUACAUUGUCCACGGUCUGUGCGGUGGACUGGAAACGUGAGACUUGGGCACGGGCGGCGAUGAGGUGGGAUAGAUAAGGGUCGGAGGCAAGCAACGGAGCUCUAUUGUUGAUCAGUGUUGCCAGUUUUACGGCCUCCUGGUUACAUACCUCAAUCACAACAGGCGCAGAAGCGUUGAUAACUGGAAGAAUGAGGACCGAGAGAGAUUGGUCCGCCUCCACAAAUCCAUACAAGUCACACUGCAAAGAGGUGAUGUAAUGCCUGAGUCGACCAAUGAUAUCAACGGAAGAGAUGACGCCCUGACCCAGAGCGUUGCUGUUUAUUUCGAGGCUCUCUUCGUCCAUCAAAAUAGACACAUGCCCACACUUGGUGCAGCAGGAACUCCAUGAUUUGACUCCAAUACAGUCGGAAUGGCUCAGAGACGGGCAG